GCCGUGGCGCUGGCCUGCGCCGCCGACCUGGCCGCCGCCAAGGUGUACGACCGGUGCGAGCUGGCCCGCGAGCUGGCCCAGCGGCACGGCGUGCCCGCCGACGAGGUGCCCGUCUGGGUGUGCAUCGCCCGCCACGAGUCCGAGUUCAACACGACGGCCGUCGGGCACGUCGGCGAGGGCGGCGACCACGGCCUGUUCCAGGUGUCGGACAUCUACUGGUGCUCGCACUCGGGCCGCGGCAAGGCGUGCGGCAUGGCCUGCGCCGAGCUGCUGGACGACGACAUCUCCGACGACGUCGCGUGCGUCAAGAAGAUCCACCGCGAGCACCAGGGGCUGACGGGCAACGGCUUCAACGCGUGGGCCGUGUACUCGCGCUACUGCAAGAGCCCCGAGCGCGCCGCCAAGUACGUGGACGGUUGCUUCGGCGGCACCGGCAACGAGAUCGCGCCGCAGGCCUUCUACGGGCUGCCACCGCCCGCCAUCACCGCGCCGCCGCCCCCCGUCAGGCGCCGG